AUGACAAAUACACUUCAGUUUAAAGAAUUUAGUAGUUUUGUAAAUAUUUCAUUUUGGCAUGAAUUAUCAAAUAAGAAAUUGGAUGAAUUGAAAUUAAGUGAAGAAUCUAUACCUUUGAAUGGACAUUAUACCUUCUCACCAUCACAACAAUUAGAUCCAUUCCUUUGUUUAGAGUUUAAUGCAUUCUUAAGAAAUAAUGUAACCAAUUCAACUGAAAAUCAAUAUGUACUACCACCAAGAAGUUAUUUAUCACAUGGUACACUCUAUAACUAUAAUACUGUUGAUGACUUUAAACAAUCUCCAAAAAUAAAAUUAUUUAAUGAUGCUUCAAAAAGAAUUUGGAAUGAUAUAAAUAAUGGUAAUAUUGAUAAAGAUACAUCAUUAUUAAAUAGAUUUAUAUUAUUAACUUAUGCAGAUAUAAAGAAUCAUCAAUUUUAUUAUAUGUUUGGUAUACCAGCAUUAUUACCAUCACAACCAAUUCAACAAUUUACUGAAAAACCAGAAUCAAUAAAUAUUGAAAGUUUAAAAUCAUUUUCAAAUCAAAUAUUACCACAAUAUUUUUGUUUGAAACAACAACAACAAGAAUCUUCAACAACAACAACAACAUCAUUUGAAUUAAUUGGUAGUAUUGAAGAAAAAGGUAAUCAAUAUUUAAAUGAAUGUUUAGAGAAUGAUUUAAUACCAUUGGUUGGAUUUUGUGAUCCAUGUUCAUUACCAUUAAAUCCAGGUUGGCCUUUAAGAAAUUUUUUAAUUUAUUUAUCAAUUAAAUAUCCAAUGUUAAAAAAAAUAAAGGUUUUAUGUUAUAGGGGUAAUGGUAGUACAAGUAAUAGUAUUUUAUUAUCAUUGGAAUUACCAUCAAUGGGUGAACAAUUAAUUAAGAAACAGCAAGAAGAGGAUGCUGGUGAAUGGAGUGGUAAAAGUGUUGGUUGGGAAAAAGAUAGUAAUGGUAAGAUUGCUCCAAGAUUUGUAUCAUUAGCUUCAACUAUGGAUCCUUUGAAAUUGGCUGAACAAAGUGUAGAUUUAAAUUUAAAGCUAAUGAGAUGGAGAGUUAUGCCAUCAUUGGAAUUGGAAAAAAUUAAAACAACUAGUUGUUUACUAUUGGGUAGUGGUACAUUGGGUUGUAAUGUUGCAAGAUCUUUAAUGUCUUGGGGUGUUAGAAAUAUUACUUUUGUUGAUAGUUCAAAAGUAUCCUAUAGUAAUCCAGUUAGACAAUCAUUAUUCACUUUUGCUGAUUGUUCACCAAAAGCAAAGGAGAAAUCAAUCGCUGCUGCUGAUGCUUUAAAAAAGAUUUUCCCUGCCAUAAAUGCAAAUGCUCAUGUAUUCUCAAUACCAAUGCCAGGUCAUUCCGUACCUCAAUCUGAAUAUCAAUCCAUUAGAAAUACCAUUGAACUUUUGGAGAAUUUAAUCAAACAACAUGAUGUUAUCUAUUUAUUAACAGAUUCUAGAGAGAGUAGAUGGUUACCAACCAUGUUAUCACGUGCUCAUGGUAAACUUUGUAUUAAUGCUGCUUUGGGUUUCGACUCUUAUCUAGUAAUUAGACAUGGUAUUAAAGAUCAAUGUCAGAAUGAAUUAAAUCCUUCAAUCUCUUCAAAGUUAGGUUAUCAAGGUUCUGAUUUAGGUUGUUACUUUUGUAAUGAUGUUAUCGCUCCAACAGAUACUUUAAAAGAUAGAACUUUAGAUCAAAUGUGUACCGUUACUAGACCAGGUUUAUCAAUGAUGGCUUCUUCAAUUGCUGUUGAACUUUUAAUAUCAACUAUUCAUCAUCCAUAUGGUGGUAGAGCAAAAGGUGAAACUGAAACCGAUGUUUAUGUUCAAGGUUCUACUCCAUUAGGUAUUAUCCCUCAUCAAUUAAGAGGUUUCAUCUCUCAUUAUCAAACUUUACCUCUCUUUUCAAAUCCUUAUAAACAUUGUACUGCUUGUUCUGAUUACAUCAUUGAUGAAUAUAAUUCAAAAGGUUUCGAUUUCAUUAUAAAUGUUAUGAAUGAUUCAUCUUGUUUAACUAAAAUUUGUGGUAUUGAUGAUUUAAAAAAUACUGAAGUUAAUAUUGAUUGGGAUAUUGAUAUUUCUGAUGAUGAUGAUGAUAAUAAUAAUAAUAAUAAUAAAGAAAAAAAUGAUGAUUUUUAA